UCAAGCAGCAUUUGCCUCCAAUCAAUUUCUCCUCGUGCUGCUGCGCUACUGUGCAAUCCCCAGCAAGGCCAUGCAUGGAUGGAGCUCUGCAUGCACAAUUCAGGGCCCCCACCUGGUGUCAAUCUUUCCGGAUAUACGCAUAAACUCAUCGACGCCCCGACACAUUGCAUACUGGCGGUACGGGAUGAUGCCAAACCCCCACUUUUAACCGUCCUCAGCUUCGUAGGGGUUAAAUGGCCGUGUACGAGUAAUAAAAUGCAAUAGUGCUAUCAUAGCCAUAGCCUUACCAGCCACCUCCAAUUUGGCGCUCACCAGGUCUAUUCCAAGGAAGCCUUUCGCUCAUCUCCAAAGCCGUGACUUGACUCUUGACGUCUUCUUCUUCCCUCUGCUCUGCUUUGCGUGACCAUAGACAGACUGCCAGCCAUGGACUCCCGCUCGCCCUUGAAGACGCUCGACCCCGAGCCCAUUGAUUCGCCCGUGUCCAGUAGAGCUUUCGGCAUCACAUCCUCAGGACCUCUGCCUAUGCGACCGGCCAUGGACCAGCAGCCCGAUCACCCGAACGACAUGGACCUGCCCAGGGCGACACCGGUUACACGCGCGGCCGAGUUCAAGGCCAGCGACUUCCCGCCAAAGCCCAACGAGUAUCCCAAGGCCAGCGACUACCCCAAGGACAAUGGCUAUCCCAAGCCUCACGAGUUCCCCCCAAGGCCGUAUGAGUACCCGGUCAGGCCGAUGCAACAGCUGCAGUCCCCAUACAAGCCCACGACGCCCCAGCUCGAGCUGGCGGACGUCAAGUCCAACUGCCAGCGCAAUCUCAGCCACCUCAUCUACCUCCAGAACCAGCGGCGCGCAUUUGGCUACUCAUCGCAGGCCGUGGAUCUGGAGUGGCAGAUCCGAAGCCAGACCGGCCUCUUGAUCGGCGAGCUGCGGACGCUUCAGGAUGAGGUCCGCAGGCUGGUCAAGAACGCCAAGAAUCACCGAUGGCGACGAUGGCUGUUUGGUGGAUUCAUCGCGUCGUUUAUUCCUCUUGUGCGCAAGCUGUUCCGCCGAGGCACAGACGUAGAGUCGCGAGCUUCUUCUAACAACACCGAGUACGCAUUCCGCAAGUCAAAGGGUCUCCUCGCACGGAUCAAGGACUCGGUUCUCGGCCAUCAUCGCCUUGCUAGCAUCGCAUUCUUUGUCUUUUCCGUCAUGUAUGUGUUCCAGAACGAGGUGACUUUGCGCGUGGCCAAGACGAUGCAGAAGCGCCUCAAGAAACUCUCACAGCGACUCGAAUACGGCAACCAGGAAAUCGACGAAAAGGAUCUGAAGCUUCUGGACGGAUGGAGGUGGAGAGUGAUUCUGUGGUGAAACGAGCUUGCAGGGAGCUUGCAUAGAGUUUGGCCGUUUUUCUACUAAUGGGGGCUUUGGAAUGGUGAAUUGGCUGCGAGAAUGAUGAUGACGAUACAUAUCCUACUAAAGGUGCAUGAUUGUAACGAAGCUUGUGCACAAACCGCAACCCAGCGUUGGGUUGCUCUUGAUAUAUUUCCUUAGUUCUACAUACCACGUCGAUAGCCUGAGCAUGAUUUUAAUUUCAU